CAUCAUUCUUCAUCCCUCUGAGUUGAGUUCUCAAGAGCAAAAACCCUUCACAUAUUUUCAUCAUCUUCCUACCAUUAAAAAAACAUUCCCCAUUCUGGGUUUAUAUAAUAAUAAUAAGAAAUUAGACAGUAUGAAAAGAUUCUUUGUAAAAUCUAAGAAACGAAACGGAGAGAGCAGAAAAGGAUACAAACAGGAAGAAGAGGAGGCAGUAGUAAUCAGCAGCAGCAGCAGCAACAACAACAAUAUAGAAUGGGAAAUGAGGCCUGGUGGUAUGCUGGUCCAGAAGAGAUCAUCUACCCUAACAGAUUGUGAUGCAGCAGGCCCUAUGAUCAACAUCAAGGUCUCCCAUGCCUCUUACCACCAUCAUCUCACAGUUCCUUCCCAAUCAACUUUCGGUAAUCUUAAAAGGGUCCUAUCGAAUGAAACCGGUUUGGAUGCAAAAGAGCAGAGGAUAUUAUUCAGAGGGAAAGAGAAAGAAGAUGAUGACCAUUUGCAUAUGGCUGGCAUUGAAAACAUGUCCAAAGUUGUCUUGUUGCAGGAUCCAGCAAGCAAAGAGAACAAUGCAUGUCAAACAGUAGCCACCAUUAAAGCACAAGUUAACAAGCUUUCUCAAAAGGUUGGGGAGCUGGGAAGGGCUGUUGAAAGUGGAAGUAAAGUGGUGGAUAAGGAAUUUGUCAUCUUAACUGAUUUGCUAACGGGGCAAUUACUUAAACUAGACUCUAUUAUGAUUAUUGAUGCUCCUGAUGGAGAUGGAGGAGGAGGAGCAAAAAUUCAGAGGAGGAUAGAGGUUCGAAGGAUCCAGAGCUUUAUAGAUGCCCUCGACUCUCUCAGGAAGAGAAACUCGAACUCAGACACAACCAAAUGGGGAGCCUUUGAUUCUGCUGUUAAUCCUCCAAUUACAAAAAUAACUCAAGACUGGGUUUUGUUUGAUGAUUAAUAAGUCCAUCAUCCUUGUGUUCUUGUUGUUUUGGAAAACUUGUGUAUAUGUGAAUGGGAACUCCAUUUUAUCUAGUUUCUGAA